UCUUUCUGCACUGUCAUUUCUGCUGCUGGUUGAACUCUAAAAAAACUCAUUUUUGCAAUCUCUUCGCUAUUUUGGAAAUAAACUAUUUAUUUCCUUUUGCAAAAUAUAUUCGCAUCACAAGGAAGAUUUAUUCUUUAGGAGAGACGUCGUGUGACGACUCGUGUCAGCUUAUCCAAAUAUUUGUGAAGUAAUAAUUCUAGCUCCAUUCACCUCAGCAAAGUUUGAUUUGCUGAAUUAAAUAUAAGAACAAUUAGUUUAAAAUUGUCAUCAUCAAUCAAAUAAAUCGUCAAAAAUGGCAGCGGCUGAAGUUGCUCGACCAAAUCUCCCCAAAGGGAAAACUCAAAGUCCAAAGCCUACAUCUUCUGAUAAAGGAGCCCCGUCCCUUUUUCACAACGAAGAGGAUAUUAUGAAGGAAGCUGAAAAAUGCAAGGCAAGCAAGGAUUUUGCUGGAUUCGGGCGAUUGUUCCAACAAGUCCGAGGUUUUGUGAAUUCCGUCAGUAAAGCAAAGGCUGCAAAGUUGGUCCGUUCACUAGUGGAUAUGUAUCUGGACAUUGAGGAUACUCCAGCAGAACAACAAGAGAAAGUCGUGCAAGAGUGUAUUGAAUGGGCAAGGGAGGAGAAACGAACCUUUCUCAGGCAAUCCUUGGAAGCAAGAUUGGUGGGAGUCUACUAUGACACGGAAAAUUUCCAAAAGGCGUUAGCACUUGGUGGUCAACUAUUAAAAGAGUUGAAGAAGGUGGAUGACAAAAACUUGCUUGUUGAAGUUCAGCUUUUGGAAAGCAAGACUUAUCAUGCUUUGGGAAAUCUUCCAAGGGCCAGAGCUGCACUCACAUCUGCUCGAACAACGGCUAAUUCCAUCUAUUGUCCACCCAACAUGCAAGCUGCGUUAGAUUUACAAUCUGGUAUUCUUCAUGCUGCUGACGAGAAGGACUUUAAAACAGCAUAUUCAUAUUUCUACGAAGCUUUUGAGGGCUUGGAUAGCAUUGAUAGCCCGAAGGCUUUAAUAGCCCUGAAGUAUAUGCUAAUGUCCAAAACAAUGUUAAACUUACCGGAAGAAGUUACUCAUUUGCUGAGUGGAAAAUUGGCCUUGAAAUAUGUCGGACCAGAUUUGAAUGCCAUGAAGGCAAUUGCUGACUCUGCACAAAAGAGAUCGCUCUUUGAUUUUCAAACUGCAAUAACGACUUUCCCCAAAGAACUUCAAGAAGAUAUGGUUGUCAAAUCCCAUUUGGCAACCCUUUACGAUAACAUGAUGGAACAAAAUCUAUGUCGUAUUAUAGAGCCUUAUUCUAAAGUGCAGGUUGAUUAUAUCGCAAAGACUAUCGGGUUGAAACAGAGUAACGUGGAGCAGAAACUUUCUCAAAUGAUUCUGGACAAAAAGUUGUCGGGGGUAUUGGAUCAAGGACAAGGACUGUUGGUAAUUUUCGAAUCAAAUGAAGAAGAUAAAGCGUACGAGGCUGCUUUGGGUCUGGUCCAAAAUAUGGGAAAAGUUGUCGACGCCUUAUAUCACAAGGCCAAAAAUCUUACAUGAAUGUCAGCAGUUUUUGGUGUGUAGCUCUUUCAAUUCUCUAAAAAAUACAUUGAUAAAAUUAGUAACAGUUUUGAACCAGUUUUUGUAAAGAAAGUAUAGAUUACUUUUAUAGUAUUGGGUCACUCGACUUAUUACUUUACUUUUCCAUUUAACAAACUCAUCACACAUGCAACCAAAUUAAUAAACGUAAUUAAAAAUGA